UUGCUAAAACACCUUGGUAUGGCUCCUAAUAGCUUGGUAUGUGCGAGAUCGAAGGUCUAAAGUAAAACAGCACAACUAUGGAGGUAGUUUCAGAAAAUAUAUAUGAUCGAAGGUUGAGAAUAUAGAGAUAUGAUAGCCUUUCCCCUAUAACAUAGUCUAAGAAAAGGUUGGACCAGAUGGCCAAACCCAACCUAGCUCAAAACCCAAAAUAAUUUAGUAAACCAUAAAUAUGGUACGUGUUGCUACCAAUUCAAUCAAACAAGGCCACUUGUGUGAUUAAGAGCUUGGAUUGGAUUUCUGUGUGGACGUACCAGAGUCCACUCGACAAAAAAAAAGGGGGUCAAACUGAACAUAUGAAAAAAGUGAAAUAAACGACGGAUUUGGGUCAUUGCAAAAAAGGCUUGGUUUAAAUGACCCAGUUAAACAGUUGCUAUCAUAACAGUCUUAACCCUAAUUAGGGUUUGAAGCGGGUUGACUAUAGGUACAGGCGAAAUCCGUCGUUACUUGCCGGUAGCUUAUUAGCAACGGUUUUGGUCCGUCGCACAUUCAAAUUUUAGUUGAGCCUUAAAAGCCACUAGAACACCGAAAAUGCCCUAAAAUCCAUUUCCCUCUUACUUCGUGAUCUCCCUUUCUCACUCUCGAUCUCCCUCUCCCUCUUGCGUGAAAAGAGUUGGAAAUGGGGUUUUUGGGUUAAAAGGGUUGGUCUAAAAUAAUGGCACGAUAGGGUCUGUGACAGGAAUUGGUAGUGGCAUUGGCAACAAUCGUAAAAAAUUAGGAAGACAAUCAUAGUGACGGUGGUUGGUGCAGCUGGCGACGAUGUUUGGUGGUGGUGGGUGUGGCCGACCACCGAAAACAAGGAAAACAACUGUAGUAUGGUGUUUUUGUGUUGCUGGACCGAUAGAGGGAGAGGCAUCUAGACAAUUUUGGGCUAACAAUGGGAUGGGUGGUGAUUGGCAAUAGGGGAAGGGUAACCAGAUGGGUUGGGUUCAUGGAUGAGGAGCUACCAAACAAGGAGAAGGUUACCAGAAAGGGAUUGUAGGUCAGAGGGUUGCGGCGGGAUGAAUUUGGACCGAGAACGGUUAUGACAGUCAGGCGGCUGUGAGGUGCGACAAUGGCAGAUUCGAGGUUGAUUUUGGUGAUGGGUUGGGGUGUGGGCAGGGUUUGGGUUUGGAAGAAGAUAAUGCCAGUGAUGGGUUGUGGUACCUACAGGAUUCAGGAUUGGAAAAAGUUGUUGCGGACAGGAUGAUUCCAGAGAAAAAAAAAGCAAGGAAAUCUCCAAAUACCUCUUUUAAGGCAGCAAAGGGAAAGGGGGCUACAAAGAAGGAAACCAAGGAAGCUUUGAAGCCGGUUGAAGACAGAGAAGAGUUUAGAAAGAUUUGCAAACAAGAGCAUCCUAAUGUGAAGUCUGUCUCAGCUGUUGGGAAGGCUGGGAUAGAGAAGUGGAAGUCAUUGUCUGAUGCUGUAAGUUACAGAAGCUGUCACAUUCAUGUUUACUUAUGGUUUCAGUGCUAUUGUAAGCACUCGCGUGUGGAAUGAGCUGGGCGCUGGGCAUGUUGAUCAAGCUAAGAAUGCUGUGGCAGUGACACUAAAGCUCUCCAUUAUUCUUGCAACAGUGAUUGUCUUUUCUCUUGCCUUUGGUCAUAAUAUCAGGGCAAGUUCUUUCAGUAACAGCCCCAUAAUAAUAAAAGAAUUUGCUUCAAUGACCCCACUACUUGUGGUUUCCAUGUUAUUGGAUUCUGCAUGAGGCGUUUUGUCAGGGGUAUCUUGAGGAUGUGGUUGGCAGCAUGGACCAACUCGGCAGCCUUCUAUGUUAUUGGCAUGCCAAUAGCUAUCCUCCUUGCAUUCAAGUCAUCACUGUAUGAAAAGUGCAUAAAGCUUGGUGCAAGCCCUCAAAAGUUAUACACAUGGCAUAAACCAACUCAGAGAAACGGUCUAAAUUGUGGAAGCCCCUGUCACUAAGUCACAAUCCCAAAAUAAGAUUAGUUGAGCAAUCCUAAUAUUUGAUUCAUUGACACUUGUUUGUUGAAGUAAGACUAUUGGAUCUUAUUUUUUUCAUUUUUAACUGUAAAAUAAAUGUCCAGUAAUCCAAUAGUCAGAUAAUUGUAUUCAUCUAACUUGAGAUCUAGUAAUCAAGUGCCUGCAAUUUUAGAUCUGAAGACUUGACAAUUGUAUUCAUCCAUCAAAUUAAAAAAAUAAUCAAUAAUAAAACAGCCUCAUAGAAGACACUUGCAUUUACAGUGCUAAAAGUAGAAACAGGGACUAAUGAUCCUUGUAUUUGCAUGUGGGUAGUGUUGCUACCCAUGCGGGCACACACAAAAGUUCUCUGCUGUCCUUUCCUCCCCACCCCAUUUAAGCCAACACAUUCGUCUUCUUUGUGUUCUCUCUCCUAUUUCCAGCCUUUCUUUCAGUCUUCUAUUGCACAAAGGCUCAAUACAUCUUCAGGUGUUCAUGAAAGUUUCCUGCAUUCUGGGCUUUC